AGCUACGAGAAAUGACGUUGUUAACCCGCGAGGUGAUUGGUUGAUUUUGGAUGGUAACUCCUCCCCGCGUGGCGGUUUGAAAAAACGGCUUUGAAGACGCAGACGUGUGGAACUGUCGGAGGAAGAAAAAAACAAAAUAAAACAGCCAUGGCUCCCUCAAAAAAGCCCCACAAGAAAAACAACAUAAGGACUGCGAAACUUGAAGCUUUUCUGGAGGAUUUCGACAGCGAGGUCGAGACCAGACUUUUUCAGCUGAGGGAGAAAAAGAACCAGCUAUUGAAAGACGCUGACAACCAUUAUAACAUGGCUCUUGUUAAAAUACCCAAGGCCGUCAGGCAGAUUAACUGGCUGGAAUAUUUCAAGACUGAGGAAGCCAAAUCGCUGCAAGUGGAUGAUGUAAUGAGAGAAGCAGAGGCAGCAAUUAUAGAGAAUGUUGUGGCCGAGGCCGAGAAGAAAACAGUCAAGAAAAUUACAAAGACAAAGGGUGGGGCCAAAUCCAAUUCGGGCGAUGAAAGUGUCCCACGCACUUCGAGGAGGGGCAAAACGACGAGGAAGCCCCCAACUUCGUCAAAACGAGCAAAGGCUCACGCAGUCAGCCAGCAAAACACUUCCAUAAGACGAUCAUCAAGGAAGGCCUUGGUCACCCCUGCCAGGACUAUGCUUGAUUCCUCUUUGUUGAUGGGCCCAACUCCUCUUAUCACCCCACGCUUUGACCCAAGGCUUCCUAAGACCCCAGCUGUGAGAAUCCCUCGCCACAAGGAGAGGGUCUACAGUAUUUCAGUCAAUGGCUCUCCCAUUGCGGCAGCCAACCACGAAGUUGUUGUAAACAUCCCCCUCGGCAACGGAGAGAGUAUGCCACUGAUGGCCAGCCAGAUCAACUCGGUGGACCUCUCCAUGCUGGAUGAAACUGCGUUGAGGAGCAUACGCCAUUUCGUGAGUCAUAUCACAUCGCUCACCGCUGACCAUUGACAAGCUGAUGUUGAUUUGAACUUUGCAUCGUUGUGUGUCCCUAUUUUUUCUCAGUAUACCUUUUGUAAUAUUGUCAAGAUGAGGGCCUUAGCUCUUCUUUAAGAUGAAUCCAUAGGGUCACUGUGCCUCAUGUAUGUCUCAUUUUAAUACCAUGCAUGGCCUUUUGUGUUCCACUUGGCUUGUCACAACUGUUAAAGCCUGGAUUUUAGGGCUCAGUACCUAUUGUAACUUUUAUCUGCUGCUUUUAAAUGUUGGCUGUAUGUAGUUUCAUACUCAUGUACAUGGAAAAGAUUGGAACACCAACUAAAAAAAAAAAGAGUACUAGUCAAUGCGUUCAACUCUCAAAUGUAUCAGCUGUACUGCAUGAUGAACGCCACUAGAUGGCAGCAUUUAGCCAUUGUUUAUUGGAGCGGCAGCAAAGAAGCUGAUUCCAAAUGCAUUCUUGUGAGAGCAGUUGUAAAUGUUUUUUUCAACUUUCACCCCUUGACGUGUUGAUAUUAUUAUUACAGGAGCUGUUCCCUUGUUUUUGUGUACUGUAUUUUUUUCUUUUAAA